UCGGUUGAGCUCGCAAUACUCGCAUCAGUCCACAUCAGUCGCGCUUCGCCCGUCCUGAGUAUCGUCGCGGCUCCUCCACGCGUCCGUCGCUUGUGCAUGCGGUGCCGGCUUAUCUUCUCUUAGUCGUGAUUCCUCUGUUCUGCUUUGCACGUGCCACCCUCGCGUGUGUCACGCACAGCUCUUGCCGGCGCGUAGCUUCCGAGAUCGUUGUUAGGACGAACACAGCUUCUUUUGCCACGAGACAGCAAGCCGUGUUAGAAGUACAAUACAACUAUUCUGAACCGCUCGACACAUUUGAAAACCUUCAAAUCUCCCGAAUCGGAAUAUCGGAAGCAUCAAGAAUCGAACGAUCGGUGCCGGAAGAUUGUCAAUCAUGAACGGAGUAUCUAGUAAGUGCGCGAAGCUAAAGAUGUACGAUGGCGAAGAUGACAACUCGAUAAUCAAGAAACCUUUACCUUUGAGGGCGAUUUCGUGGAGUGACAAUAUCGAAGAAACCGAUUUAGACGUUCCUGGAACACCUAGAACACCACGUACGUCCACGACAAAAGGUCACGAAAAAUGUAUGUUUCAUCACGAUUUGGAGUUGGAUCACCGACCACCCACGCGGGAGUCGAUGAUACCGGAAAUGUCUCGAAGUUAUAAGCUGCUCCUGAGUUCGUUGGGCGAAGAUCCGGAACGACAGGGACUUCUGAAAACGCCGGAACGUGCUGCGAAGGCCAUGCUUUUCUUCACGAAAGGAUAUGAUCAGAGUCUCGAUGACAUAAUUAAUGACGCGAUAUUCGAUGAGGAUCACGACGAGAUGGUAGUAGUAAAAGACAUCGAGAUGUUUUCCAUGUGCGAGCAUCAUUUGGUACCAUUCUAUGGCAAGGUGUCGAUCGGUUACCUUCCUUGCAAGAAGGUAUUAGGCCUCAGCAAACUCGCCAGAAUCGUGGAGAUCUUCAGCAGACGACUUCAACUGCAGGAACGACUUACGAAGCAAAUUGCGAUAGCGGUCACAAAGGCUGUGCAGCCUGCAGGAGUAGCCGUCGUGAUUGAGGGAGUGCAUAUGUGCAUGGUGAUGAGGGGUGUGCAGAAGAUUAACAGCAAGACAGUGACUUCGACGAUGCUGGGCGUAUUCCGGGACGAUCCGAAGACCCGCGAGGAAUUCCUGAAUCUGGUGCACAACAAGUAAACGGUCGAGUCGCGUCACGAUGUCAUUAUCGUCGGCUACCAUGGGACCACUAGAUUUCAACAUCCCGACUACUCUCCGACAUCCGACCGCUACCUCGUUGCGAAGCCCUCGCUCACAGGACGGGAUCGUUGUCGUCGCCGCCAUCGCAAAAGUCAUCCCACCCGCUUACAUUCUAUUUGUUUCUUGAAAAACAAAAUCAUACACGCGUUCGUCGACCUCAACAAUGAUUCCAUGUGUCUCUCUGUAUUGUAAAUACGAUAAAGUUCAAGAGCGAUCGCUUUCUGGGACCAAGACAGCGUGAUAGCGGAUGGUGGAGAUGAUGCUCGACGCGUGUCCCGCGCUGAUAAGGACGCGCUCAAACUGCUGAUCGAAUGACAUUGACAAUAACGACGACUAUGACGCGUCAUGGUCAUCCACGAAGACGCCUGUAUGUUUCGGAAUGACUAUGACGCGGACGAUUGUUGCACCGUGAAUGAAGAUGACGAGCGACAUGCAUUCCGGUGCAAAGGGACAGCGAAAAAAAAUAGCGGUUUAAUUCAAAGAUGAAUUAUUCAAUGCAAUAAAACAUCUGGGAACAGGAAAUUGCUGCUGGAUCAGCGACUUCCUAUCAUAGAAUCCAUGUUCGCUGCAUCUUUGACCAAGCGAGUUAGUCGCUUAUGAAGGAACUUUUUAGGAAAUUUUUCAACGAAAGCUCCCGUUGAUCGCGAACUUCAUAGUCGAUGCACUUCUCAUGACAAUAAAUUAUACAUCCCGAUUAGUGAAUUCUUUGAAGAGAUCGCGCUCAAACUUCCGUCUGUUUGCGUCAACUGUGGGCUUUCAAAACUUAAGGCCUUGGUACAUACAAAAACUUCAGACGUAAGAUUUAAACAGUAAGAAAAUCAACAUGUUGGAUUCGUUAUACUGUUUACGUUAUUGUCUUACAGUCUCUAUUGUGAUUGGUUCGCUUACUGCUUAAGUCUUAUGUCUUAAGUUUUUUUAUGUGCCAUGGCCUUUAAUUUUAUGCGUUUCGCGAUAUUCGGUACUUCUCGCAGCUGCGGAACUCGACAGCCACGGGUUUCGCAUUGCGACCGAUCUACAUCGCGUGAUCGCUUAUUUUUGUCCGCCACAUUUAACAUUUGUUAAUA